CGCAAAAAAAAAAAGAAGAAGAAAGGGUCAGUUCUGUUAAGAAGUCCUCCUUUUCAUGUUCAUGCUCAUAAGUCCGACGCUUGCAACGCACGGGCGAUGUCUGCCGCUCUGAGACUUAUCGGGAGAAUGUCAUCCACAUGGAUAACGCUGGCGGCGUUUGGGCUCCUCUCACUCAUAUGUUUGUGCUCGUCAUCUGAUGAUUCUUCAUUCUCACUUGUCAACAAAGCCACGGGCAGCUGUCUACUGAAAAAGUCGUCUCGCUGCUUCGACGUGCGCUGGACGACCGGCGACCGCAUUUUCGCCACCUCCACCAAGAAGUGCCUGGGGGCGCAGGGAAAGAGCGUGGGCAGCGAAGUCAACCUGUAUGACUGCGAUGACAGGAGCGACCUCCAGAAGUGGGAAUGCAGGAACGGUACGCUGCUGGUGCUGAAAGGACAGCAGCUUUACAUCGAGCUAACGUCGGACGGAGGGAUCAGGCUCUCCAAAAAUACUGGGCCCAAUAACCACUUCACCAUCAUGGGGACGGCCAAUGGCGCGUGCUCUAGAACACACAGAGUUUAUUACACCAUUGACGGAAAUGCAUACGGAAAGCCGUGCAUGUUUCCCUUCCUGUAUAAAGAUCGGUGGUAUGGAGAUUGUACUACCUUUGACUCCUCCAUAAAGCGUCUGUGGUGUGCCAUUGGGACCAAAUACGAACAUGAGCAGUGGGGAUACUGCCCCACUUCAUCUACGGAACACUGGCAGAAGAACCACAUGACAGGAGCGUAUUACCAGGUCAAUGCUCAGUCGGUGCUUAGUUGGCCGCAGGCUGACGAGAGCUGCAAGCAGCAGGGUGCCAAUCUUGUCAGCGUCACUGAUACCAACGAGCAGGCUUUCAUCUCGGCACUAUUAGGAAAUGGGAAAAAUAGGUUUUGGAUCGGGCUGGUCCUCAAUCCCGAGCACGGCUGGCAGUGGUCAGACGGGAUGCCAAUGCGAUACCUGAGAUGGAGUAGUGGAUUUCCGCUUCCUAAUCCAGGCCACAACUGCGCACUUUUGGACUCGGCCGGGCAGCACAAAUGGCAAACGUUAUCCUGUUCAAAGAAAAUCGGCUACAUCUGCUACAAAGCUGGAGCCCCACCUGUCCCUCCGCAGGUGGAGCAAGGGUUCUGUUCAAGCCCGUGGAUUCCCUACAACGGCCACUGCUUCCACCUCCUCCGAACCCCACAGACGUGGACGGACGCUCAGAAGGAUUGCCGCAAAGAGGAGGGUGAGCUUGUGAGCUUGCGCAACGUGGAGGACUACAGUUUUGUCAUCUCUCAACUUGGAUAUGCCUCCACCGAUGAGCUUUGGAUCGGCCUGAACGACAGGCGGACAGAGGGCCUGUUUGAGUGGAGUGACCUCACUCCCGUCACAUUCACCAGCUGGGAGUAUGGAGAACCCACUAUCUCCACAGAUGACGAGGACUGUGUUCUCAUGAGGGGCGAGAAUGGCAACUGGGCAGAUCGCUCCUGUGAUGAAAAACACGGCUUUGUCUGCAUGAAGCAAAGCAGCGCAGAGCACACGAAAGAUGAAAUUCAUUUGGAUAUUGGCUGCAAAGCUGGGUGGAAAAGACAUGGCUCCUACUGUUACUUUGUGGGGACGGAGACCAAAACAUUUGAUGAGGCCAAAGACGGCUGCAAGACAUCAGACUCCUACUUGGCUGAUGUGUCUAAUGGGGUGGACAACGCAUUCUUGGUCAGCUUAGUGGGAGCGAGACCUGAGAAGUACUUCUGGCUGGGCCUCUCAAAUCAGAAGAACUCUCAUGAGUUUGUGUGGACCAACGACAAUGCAGUCAGAUUUACACACUGGAACAAUGAAAUGCCUGGUAGUACACAAGGCUGUGUUGCCAUGACAACCGGUAUUUUGGCCGGGCUGUGGGAUCUUCUGCCCUGCACCAACAAGGAGAAAUACAUCUGCAAGCAUCUGGCUGAAGGGGCUGUGUUAACGCCUUCACCGCCUACUGUUAGCCCCCCACAGUGUGCGGAAGGUUGGAUCCGAGUGGGAACAAGAAACAUCUGCUCCAAGUUCUUCACAGGGCCCCGUGACUUUGAGAAGACUUGGUAUGAGGCCCGAGAUUACUGCAUGGCCAUUGGAGGAGAUCUUCUCAGCAUCCACAGUAGCUCUGAGCUCUUUGUCGGACGCUAUGGAAAGGCCUGGAUUGGACUUCAUAUUGCUGACCCAAGUGCUGGCUAUGUGUGGAGUGAUGGAACCUCAGUAAACUUCCAACACUGGCAGGAAGGAGAGCCAAACAAUUUUCAGAAUUCAGAAUCCUGCACUGAGUUCCGGAUAUAUCGAGCCGAUGACAGCGGGUCCUGGAAUGACGUUCACUGUGAGAGCUACAACGACUGGCUUUGCCAGAUCCGUGCAGGAGUCACUCCAAAGCCACCUCCAAAUGAUACUGCAGUAGAGUUUAACCAGACGUCAGAUGGUUGGUUGGAGUGGAGAGGGAGUCAGUACUACAUAAACAGAGUCUCCAUGGCCAUGGAAGACGCUCGCCAUUACUGCCAGCAGAGACACGGAGAUUUGGUGUCCAUCAGCAGUGAAGCCGAAAGCAUCUUUUUAUGGAAACAGGUGUCCAGAAGCUAUGGGGUGUACUACAUUGGUUUGUCAGUGGACCUUGAUGGCUCGUUUUGGUGGAUGGAUGGUACUUCAGUGGGAUAUCAAAGAUGGGAUGAAAACCAACCCGACCGAAAUUCCUACGAUCAGACGUGUGUCUCCAUGUCCUACUUUAUGGGCUUGUGGCGCGGUUCCAACUGCGGCGAAGAGCACCAGUCUAUUUGUAAGCGUGGAACGUUGGUACCCGUCAACACCACUGCCCCCCCGACAGUUCCUCCCAAAGGGGGCUGCCCGAUCAAAUGGACCAAAUUUGACUCCAGGUGUUACAGCAUCAAUAGCAACCGGAAGACCACCUGGGAAGAAGCAAGCAAACAGUGCAUCACCAUGGGAGGGAAUCUCGUCUCGAUACCCACCAGGCGUGUACAAGCAUUCCUGACCACCAAAAUGGCCGAGGUGGCUGCAGACCUGUGGAUCGGCUUGAAUAGUUUGAAUCAAGAUGCGUUUUUUUGGAGCGAUGGGAAACCAAGGCACUACACCAACUGGGUCUAUUCUGUACACAAACGUCGGCCAGGGAGUUUUUAUCAAAGAUGGAAUGAGGAAAGUUGUGUUAUAAUGACCAACAAUCCCACUCUUGGAAUUGGAAAAUGGAUGAUCAAGUCUUGCAAUGACAGCAAUGGCUUUAUCUGUACCAGGAGUCUCGACACAGGAAUCCCGUCCCAGUCGGAACCGGCGGUUCCCAACAUCUAUGUGACACUGGGAAAUGACAGCAUCAAGGCUGUGACUCAGCUUCUCACUUGGGACGAGGCCAAGAAGCACUGUGAAGGCGAUAAAGCCAAACUGGCGAGCCUGAGGAAUGAGUGGACGCAGGCCUACGUGGAACUUUUGGCCUUAAAUCUCAAAAGCCCUCUUUGGAUCGGACUGAACAAAAAGGAGACUGGGGGUUAUUUUAGGUACAUCGACGGCUGGCACAUGCCUUUUGCCAGCUGGGCAGAAGGGGAACCGAGUCAGGACCGACCUUGUGUGUACCUGGACUUGAAUGGACAGUUUAAAACAGCCUUCUGCAAUCAGACUAUGAACAGCGUUUGCUUGCAGUCAACAGAUGUGCCGCCAACACAGUCUUCCAGCUACCCUGGAGUUUGCCCCGAAGAGGCAAUAGUGGAUUACCACCAGACUUACACUUGGCUGCCGUUUAAGGGUCACUGUUAUUUGUUUGCCACCGACGAAAUCGAAUGGGCGGACGCGGCCACAAGCUGUGUGAGACAUGGUGGACUUUUGGCCAGCAUUGAAGACCCGGAGGAGCAAGCGUUCAUUCAAAGCAACAUCGAAGUAUUUCAGGACAGCCACAGCUCAUUCUGGAUCGGCUUGUACAAAACCCACAAAGGCACGUGGAUGUGGUUGGAUAAAACCACAGUAGACUACACUAACUGGUCUCCGGAAGAGACAGAAAAAGACUACGGAGAGAUCAGAACCUCGGAUGGGACGUGGGUGUCUGGCCUCAGGUGGCACGAUCGAGCGUACAUCUGUGAAACACCCAAAGUGAUGCCCAAAGAAUCCGACCCAGAAUCUCAGCCACAAGGAGGGGGAAAUUCCAGCUCUCGUGCACACACCAGCUUGAUCGUGGUGCUGGUCAUCACCCUCACGUCCUCUCUGAUUGUCCUCGCCUUCUUCCUCUACAAGAAGUCCCCGCGGUCCCUUCCCACCUUUGACAACCCGCUCUACUUCGGGCGGGAGCGAACGCAGCCCGAUGUGGUGGACACCAAUAAACUAAUAGAGAAGGCGGAGGAGGAUACCCCGGAACCCAUUAUUGCUCUGUGAUCCAGAGGGUGGCAGAGUCCCAGUGGGACGUGCAUCUCAGGCAAACGUAUCACACCCUCCAUGUCUUUGUUUUCUGCUGUAUAUGUGAUAUUGUCACUUAUUUAAGAAUAAGCGCCUGUUUCCGUGUAGUCGUCCGCGUCCGACCUUGUGGAACUGAACUAUUUACGACGUCUCACUGGAACCCAUUUGGACAAGAUUGUCAUGUAUGUGGAUGUAAAUAAUGAACACCAUGCCAGCGCCAUGCCAUUCAUUGCUUGUGUACACGGUUUGCAAUAAAACUCUACCAGGGAAUUUUUUGGGGGGUUGAUGUCCAGUGUUGGGCCAAUUAACUAUAGUUACAUCUUACUUUUCCGUUAAAAGUCAUUGAAAAAGUAACAGAAUAACUCUUUCAUACAUGUCAACUAGAGGUGCCACACGAGAUUAAAGCAUGACAAGAUUUCUCGUUCAGAAAAAAAACACACCCAUCCAUCCAUCCAUCCAUCCAUCCAUCCAUCCAUCCAUCCAUCCAUCCAUCCAUCCAUCUUCUACGCCGCUUAUGUAAUUUUGCCAGCCUCGCUAUAUGGACAUGUGCAUGCGUGUCUGUUUUCUUCAUCACUCGCCUCCAAACAAGCAGGAAGAGGAUUCACUCUUGUGUGUUGGUUUCAGCAUUUCUUUGCCUCGGUGGGUGGAGGCGAGGCCGCUAGCAUACAUAUACAGUGCACAAGAGUGUAGCCUCGUGAGGAGCAAUGCAAAGUAACGUAAUAGAAAUUAAAUUAGUAGACUGCAAUAUAUUGUCAUAUAUUUAUUAUAUUUUUUCAUUGUAAUUAAAGUUACAAUGUUACAUUAGCAGUGUUAAAAUCUUGUCUCGUCUCGUUCUCGUAGACCCAAUCGUGUUUUUUUCAUUGCCAAAUAAAACUCACCAAAC